AUGUCCAGACCUCGCAAACCCAUGAGCAGCGCACCACCCCGUGCUGGACCGUCCCGCACCAAGCCCCCUCCCGCUAAGCACCCUCUCGCCGACAUCAAACCCGUGAUCGAGGAUGUCCCAGUGGAUUACGGCGCGGAAUGGGCUGAACUCAUGAAAUCAUCCUACACCUCCAAAGACCUGGUGAAGGGCGUCAAGACGGUUCAAGACAAAUGGGAGCUGCUUCCUGCCUUUCUCCAGGUCAAAGGGCUCGUCAAACAACAUCUCGACUCGUUCAAUUAUUUUGUAAACGUUGACAUCAAGGCGAUCCUCGCGGCGAACAAUUUAGUCAUGUCGGAAGUGGACCACACGACGUUUAUCAAAUACACCGACAUUCGCGUGGGUCGACCUGAACGUCCUGACGGGCCAGCCGGGCUUUCGCGAUUGACACCGAUGGAGUGCCGUUUGACCGAUACGACGUACUCGGGUCGUAUUUACGUGGAUAUCGAAUAUACCCAAGAAAACAGUGUCAAACGACAACGCGGCGUCCCCAUUGGCUCCCUCCCCGUCAUGCUGAGAAGCGAUCUGUGCCAUCUUAAAGGGAAGAAUCAAAAGGAGCUUGCGAGGAUGGGAGAAUGUCCGAUGGACCCAGGCGGAUACUUUGUGGUCAAAGGCACGGAAAAGGUCAUCUUGGUGCAGGAACAGUUGAGCAAGAAUCGAAUUAUUGUCAUGACGGAUCCGAGAAAGGACACUGUCACUGCAGAGGUCACCUCAUCGACGCACGAUCGAGUCGUCAAGACGUACGUCACUACUAAGGCGAGACGACUUUAUCUCCGCCACAACUCGUUCAAGGAAAUCAUCCCCAUCGUCAUUGCUCUCAAGGCCAUGGGCAUAUCCUCGGAUAAGGAGAUUAUACAGCUCACCUGUGGGUCGAAUGAAAAGUUUCAAGAAGCUUUUGGCACGAGUCUGGAAGAGGCAGCCAAGCUGCAGGUGUUUACACGGCGGCAGGCACUCGAAUGGAUCGCUGCGAGGGUCUCACCGACACAGGAAAAGGAAGACAAGUAUCACAAGUUGACUCCGAUGAACGUUGCCAUGCAGGCAUUGGCGACCAUGGUCCUCGGUCAUGUCCCCGUGCGAGACCUCAACUUUCGACCAAAAAGCAUAUACCUUGCGACCAUGGCGAGACGAGUGUUGUCAGCCAUGAUCGAUGAGAGCAUGGUGGACGACAGGGAUUAUGUCGGAAACAAACGACUCGAACUUGCCGGCCAGCUCCUCUCGCUCCUCUUCGAAGACUCGUUCAAAACAUUCAACAGUGAGCUCAAGAAGCGGAUGGACAAGAUCUUGGAGAAAAAGUCUCGCGCCGGACCGUUCGACGCCAGUAGCUUGAUCCGGCAAGGUGGAGAUCCCAUCACCGCGGCGUUUGUCAGAUCCAUCUCGACGGGUAACUGGUCGCUCAAACGAUUCCACGUCGAACGGGCUGGAGUCACCCAUGUCCUCUCCCGACUCAGCUUUAUCGCCGCACUGGGAAUGAUGACGCGGAUAUCGUCGCAAUUUGAGAAGACUCGAAAGGUGUCUGGACCGCGAGCGCUGCAACCGAGUCAAUGGGGAAUGCUAUGUCCUUCGGAUACGCCGGAAGGCGAGGCUUGUGGCUUGGUCAAGAAUCUCGCGUUGAUGACACACAUCACGACGGAUGUGCCAGAGGAUCCGAUCAUCAAGAUUGCCUUCAUGCUUGGUGUUCAAGAUAUCUCCCUCGUGACGGGAGACGAGCUGUAUCGACCCGGCGUCCACCUCGUCCAAGUCAACGGAACCCUCAUCGGUGUCACGCGGAGGUCUAGACACUUUGUGAGGGCCUUUCGUAAGCUCCGUAGAGCGUCAAGGACAUCGGAAUUCGUUUCCAUCUACAUCAACCACCAUCAGCGGGUCAUCUACGUGGCCUCUGAUGGCGGUCGGAUCUGCCGACCAAUGAUCAUUGUCGAGAAGGGCCGAUCUCGCGUCACGCCCGAGCACAUGGCCCUCUUGCGUGCCGGCAAAGUCACGUUUGACCACUUUUUACGCUCUGGCCUGGUCGAAUACCUCGACGUCAAUGAGGAAAACGACUCGUACAUUGCCUGUUACGAGUCGGAAAUCACGGACGGCACGACCCACCUCGAAAUAGAACCCUUCACCAUCCUUGGCGCCGUCGCCGGUCUCAUCCCUUAUCCUCACCACAAUCAAUCCCCUCGAAACACGUAUCAAUGCGCCAUGGGCAAACAAGCCAUCGGUGCGAUCGCCUAUAAUCAACUCAAUCGUAUCGACACGCUGCUCUACCUCAUGACGUAUCCUCAACAGCCCAUGGUCAAGACCAAGACGAUCGAGCUCGUGGGCUAUGACAAAUUGCCGGCGGGUCAAAACGCCACCGUCGCCGUCAUGUCGUUUUCUGGUUAUGACAUUGAAGACGCCCUCAUUCUCAAUCAGGCGUCGGUGGACCGUGGUUUCGGUCGAUGUCACGUGUUGAAGAAGCAGACGAUUCCAUUGAGGACCUUUACGAACAACACGGCGGAGCGGACGGCGUAUCCAAAGCCGCCGCCCCGCCCAGAAAUGUACAAAUACGUGGACGAAGCGGACGGUAUCAUCGCCCCGGGUGCCAUCGUGGAGCAAGCUCACGUCUUGGUCCACCGUGAGACGCCCACUGAGACUCGGGGCAACCCAUCGGGCAUGUACAAGCCCACACCAAUCUCACACAAGCUGCCUGAGACCGCUGCGAUCGACAAGGUCAUGUUGACGGACGGCGAAGACGGUCCGUUGAUCAAGAUCCUCACCCGUCAGACGCGACGACCCGAGCUCGGCGACAAGUUUUCCUCUCGACAUGGGCAAAAGGGUGUCUGCGGUCUCAUCGUGCCACAACAGGACAUGCCAUUCAAUGAUCAGGGGAUUGUCCCGGAUAUCAUCAUGAACCCGCAUGGUUUCCCAUCUCGAAUGACGGUCGGCAAGAUGAUUGAGCUGUUAUCGGGCAAGGCUGGUGUGCUUGCAGGUCAGCUGCAAUACGGAACCGCCUUUGGUGGAUCGAAAGUCGUGGACAUGUCAAAGAUCCUCAUCGAUCACGGCUUUUCGUACGCUGGAAAGGACAUGCUCACCAGUGGUAUAACCGGACAGCCCUUGGAGGCGUACGUGUACUUUGGUCCGAUCUACUACCAAAAGCUCAAGCACAUGGUGCAAGACAAGAUGCACGCCCGACCCACCGGUCCAAGGGCGAGUCUGACGCGACAGCCAACGGAAGGUCGAUCAAAGGAUGGAGGGUUGCGUCUAGGAGAAAUGGAGCGGGACUGUCUCAUCGGCUACGGGGCCACCCAAUUGCUCCUCGAACGACUCAUGGUCUCCUCUGACGCAUUUGACACCCAAGUGUGUGAAAAAUGCGGUAUGCUGGCGUACAAGGGAUGGUGCAAGUCGUGUGGAUCUGGGAAUGCCAUUGCUAAUAUCACCAUCCCGUACGCCGCCAAGCUAUUGAUCCAAGAGCUCAUGGGGAUGAACAUUAUGCCGAAAUUGGUGCUCGAAGACACCGUCUGA